GUCUCAUUCUAAUGGCGUCUUCGCCGUCACCUGGGCUUCCUCGCUCCUCAUUGGCUGCGCUCCGAGAUCUCACUAUGCUCACUCCAUCCCUUCUGCCAAUCAUCAUCUGGUGGGACCGUUCUGUCCCCCCCCCCAUCCGCCCCACGCCUGACAGGGACCGGUUCCCGCCCCGGAGCCAAUCAAAGCGGCGCAGGGGUGUUGUGCGGCCAAUAGGAGAGCGCACUUCAGAAACCGGAGUGGAGAGCUGCUGAUGCUGUUGUUGAUGGGUGAGAAGCGGGUGCCGCGGCUGAGGUGCGUGAGUGAGGGGCAGGUGCUGUCGCUGUGCAGGCUGUUUCUAGAAUUCUGCAGAGAAACUGCAAGUGUGAAGUGUUAUAUCUGAACAAUGGCAGUGAAUGAGAGUGUUGACAUCCUGAACUCCGCUUACCUGGCAGUGGAAUACAUCGACUCUUUCUUGCCUGACAAUCCACUGCAGCAACCAUUUAAAAAUGCUUGGAACUAUAUGCUGGACAAUUACACCAAGUUCCAGAUUGCAACAUGGGGAUCACUCAUAGUUCAUGAACUUUCCUACUUUUUGCUCUGUCUACCUGGAUUUAUAUUUCAGUUUAUACCUUAUAUGCAAAAGUAUAAAAUUCAGCAGGAUAAACCAGAAACAUGGGAGAAGCAGUGGAAGUGUUUAAAAACGCUUCUCUUCAAUCACUUCUGUAUUCAGCUUCCUCUGAUAUGUGGUACCUACUAUUUCACAGAGUACUUCAAUAUCCCUUAUGACUGGGAAAGGAUGCCAAGAUGGUACAUGCUACUUGCCCAGUGUUUUGGCUGUGCAGUGAUUGAGGAUGCCUGGCACUAUUUCCUGCAUAGACUCUUGCAUCACAAGAGAAUAUACAAGUACAUCCAUAAAGUUCAUCAUGAGUUCGUAUCUCCUUUUGGGAUGCAAGCAGAGUAUGCACAUCCACUGGAAACGCUUAUCCUUGGAACUGGUUUUUUCAUCGGCAUUAUUGUUUUCUGUAACCAUAUGAUUCUUCUGUGGGCCUGGGUAAUAUGUCGCUUAAUGGAAACCAUUGAUGUACACAGUGGCUACGAUAUUCCUCUGAACCCCCUGCAUCUAGUGCCCUUCUAUGCUGGGGCUCGUUUUCAUGAUUUCCAUCACAUGAACUUUAUUGGCAACUAUGCUUCAACCUUCACAUGGUGGGAUAGAAUCUUUGGUACAGAUUAUCAGUAUGUUUCAUACCAAGAGAAAGAGAAGAAUCAAGAAUUGUUAACAGAAAAGAAGUCCAACUAAAUUUCCCAUUUAACCUCCUACAGACAAACUUCUUCCAUCUUUCUUUUGGGCUCAAACUGGUAAUUAACACCUGAUCACAAAUUAAAGCAAUAUUUUAAUUUUCUUAAAAGCAAAAGUUAAGCAUAUACCUUGUCCCUUGGCUACUAAGUGGUAGGGAAAAUCCUUACUGCAAUGUAAUUAUCUACCUAAUGGGAAUGCUUUUCUAUUUUAUACACAACUCUAAAGUAGAUAUGCAGUACUUAAAGAUUAAUUUAAAAAUUACAUAGGUGACUUGAAAGUUUUUGUCUGUUGCAAGAAUUUUAUUAAUUUUUUUUAAAGUAUCUAUUAUGCUGCCCUAUUUGGAUUCAGGUAGAAUUAUGUACAUUAUAAUACACUGAAAUUGGACUUCGUUUUUUAUAAAUAUAUUCUUAAAUUUGUAAUACAAAUACAGCAGCCCCAUUAAAACUGGUACUGGCACUAUAUUUAAACCUUGAGCAAAUGGGCAGAAUUUGCUUUAGAAACCAAAAUACCAUCAGUUGAUAAGGAGCUUGGACCAGCCAUUUGCACACUGAAUAAUGCAAACUAUUAAUUCCAGAAGAGCUGGCUAUAUGUUCAGUAACAUUCCUGACGUGGGUGUAGUACAUUUUACAUAGGGUUAGAAAAGGGUGGUUUUGUUUUUCCUUGAGAAGCCUUUUUUUUUUUUCUGCUCUUUAAGUUACUUUGUCAGUGUUCUUAGUAUUUACAUUACAUUUCCUUCAGUGUGUUGUAAUUUGCUAAACUGACUUGUUGCUAGAGUUGCACUAGUGGAUUACAAAGUACAAUAAAUAUGUUGAUUUGA